AUGAGAAACCACACGAUGAUCACAGAAUUUGUACUCUUGGGCAUAUCGAGCAGCCCAGAGAUUCAGGUUAUAAUUUUUGUCUUUUUACUUAUAACUUACAUAUUAAGUGUCACUGGAAACCUAACCAUCAUCAUCCUUACCUUAAUAGAUUCUCAUCUAUGGACUCCCAUGUAUUACUUCCUCCGGAAUUUCUCUUUCUUAGAAAUUACAUUCACCAGUGUUUCCAUCCCCAGAUUUUUGGGGGCAAUCAUUACUAAAGACAAGACCAUUUCCUAUAACAGCUGUUUAGCUCAAUUGUUUUUCUUCAUCUGCAUGGGUGUGUCUGAAUUUUUUCUUCUGACUGCCAUGUCUUACGAUCGAUACGUUGCCAUCUGCAAGCCUCUUCAUUACACCACCAUCAUGAACAAGAAAAUUUGUAACUUGCUUGUCUUUAGUUCAUGGCUGGGAGGAUUUAUGACCAUUUUUCCACCACUCAUGCUUAUCCUCAAGUUAGAUUUUUGUGCUUCCAAUGUCAUCGAUCACUUCUCUUGUGACUAUUUCCCUAUUUUACAACUCUCGUGCUCAGAUACAUGGCUUCUAGAGAUGAUUGGCUUUUACUUUGCUUUUGUCACGCUGCUGUUCACACUGGCAUUAGUGAUUCUGUCCUACAUAUGCAUCGCUUGCACCAUUGUGAGAAUUCCAUCUGCUAGUCAAAGGAAAAAGGCUUUCUCCACUUGCUCCUCUCACAUGAUUGUCAUCUCCAUCUCUUACGGAAGCUGCAUAUUCAUGUAUGUCAAGCCUUCAGCCAAAGAAAGAGCAUCACUGACCAAAGGUGUAGCUAUUCUCAACACUUCAAUAGCCCCCAUGUUGAACCCUUUUAUUUACACUCUGAGAAACCAGCAAGUAAAAGAAGCUUUCAAAACCUUGGUUCAUAAAGUAGUGUUUCAUAGAAACAAAUGA